UGACGCCAUCUUUGCUUACCUUUCACGUCGUCGUCGACAACAAGAAACACACGCUUUUUAAUGGUUUCGGCCCGAUUUUAGCGAGUUUUUCGUUAAAAACUCACUGUGCGACUCGCGUAACGUUUAAUAAACAACUCGCGGAGUGAAAAUGACGCAAUUUCUACCGCCGAACUUGUUGGCGUUGUUCGCCCCCAGAGAUCCCAUCCCUUACUUGGCCCCUGUGGCCAAACUUCCCCACGAGAAGAAAACAAGGGGAUAUCAGGGGGUUGGGGCGUUCCUGUCUGAAUUUGAGGACCCCAAAGACACUCCUCCGCCUACCCGGAUAGAAACUAAGGAGGAAAGGCUAGAGAGGCGAAGGAGGGAAAGAGCCGAGCAGGUGGCUUAUAAGCUGGAGCAGCAGAUCGCCUUAUGGGAUCCUGCUACUGCCACGAACAUUACUGGGGACCCUUUUAAGACCCUUUUUGUUGCUAGAAUCAACUAUGACACAUCAGAGUCAAAACUGAGAAGAGAGUUUGAGAUUUACGGCCCAAUAAAGAAAAUUGUGCUUAUCCAUAAUAAUGUUAACGGUAAACCGAGAGGGUAUGCUUUUAUUGAGUAUGAACAUGAAAGGGACAUGCAUUCCGCAUACAAACACGCCGACGGUAAGAAAAUCGACGGGAAGCGGGUGCUGGUCGACGUGGAACGGGCCAGGACCGUCAAGGGAUGGUUACCACGUAGAUUAGGAGGGGGACUGGGCGGCACCCGCCGCGGCGGCGCAGACGUCAACAUCAAACACUCGGGCCGCGAGGACAACGAGAGAGAGCGCGAGCGCUACCGACUCGAGCGCGAGCGAGAGGAACGAGGCCUCGCCAACAACGAGGGUGGGGGCGAAAGAGGGGGCGGGGGCGGCGGAGGAGGAGGCGGUGGGGGCGGCAGGAACCGCGACAGGGAGCGAAACUUCGAGCGCAGACGGUCGAGGUCGCGCGAGAGGCGGCGCAGGAGCCGCUCGAGGUCCGCGCGCAGAGAAAAGAGGCGGCGCAGCAAAGAGAAGAUCAAAGACGAGGACGAGGAGGGAAAACCGAGAGAGAAGGACCGCGAUAGGGAUCGCGAGAGAGACAGGAAGAGGAGGAGGAGCAGGUCGCGCGACAAGGAUAGAGAGCAGAGGAAGAGGGAGCGCAGAGAGAGACGAGAGAGGGAGAAGGGGGAGAAGCUGGAGUACAUUAAGACCGAUGAGGGCGGUGAAGUGCGGAUCAAGGAGGAGCCUGUUGAUGAUUACGACUAUAGUGGCUACUCGACUCAGCCAUACGAUCAAGCGAACGUCAAAUAUGAGGAGGAAGAGGAGCAAAAGUAUCGGCCAGAGAAGGACGGCGACCGUGAGCGAGAGAGAGACAGAGAGCGCUCGAACGGGGGCAACAGGGGCUACGAGGAGGAGUUUGAGGAGGGGGAGGCCUACUGAGCAGGGCACUCUUGAUUUGUUUCAUUUGUUUUCAUUUCAUUUUUCAUUUGUAAUCGUCGAUUACUACGUAGGUUUAAGGCUCCCGGACAGAUUGUUUUGUGUUCACCAACUCUCUGUUUACGUUUUCUGAUGUAAUUGUGAGUGAAUUUAAUUGUAUUUAAUUGCGUAUGAUGCAGGUAAGGACUUAGGUAUAUAUGUAAUAUUUUAAAUGAAUAAACACAUGCUUAGGAUCUG